AUGAGGACCUGUAAAGGCCACUGUAGAUCGCACAUAAGCAUCUACGUCUGUUUGUUUCUGGCUUUGGUUUCAAUGCAGACUAAGACCGAGAAACCGGACCCACAACGGUCCUCACUAUUUUCACAACACUCACUAUCCAUACAACCCUCACCAUCCCACAAUCCUCUCACAUCCUCACAACCCCCACACAUCCUCACAACCCCGACACAUCCUCACAACCCCUACAUAUCCUCACAACCCCCACACAUCCUCACCCCCAGACAUCCUCACAACCCCCACACAUCCUCACAACCCCCACACAUCCUCACAACCCCCACACAUCCUCACAACCCCCACACAUCCUCACAACCCCCACACAUCCUCACAACCCCCACACAUCCUCACAACCCCCACACAUCCUCACAACCCCCACACAUCCUCACAACCCCCACACAUCCUCACAACCCCCACACAUCCUCACAACCCCCACACAUCCUCACAACCCCCACACAUCCUCACAACCCCCACACAUCCUCACAACCCCCACACAUCCUCACAACCCCCACACAUCCUCACAACCCCCACACAUCCUCACAACCCCCACACAUCCUUACAAUCCCCACACAUCCUCACAACCCCCACACAUCCUCACAACCCCCACACAUCCUCAUUCUUCAUUCUCGAAAAAUAGUUCCACGAUAG